AGCAAAUGCCAGAAUAGGCAAGCUGUAAACACUGCCCUGAAGGAGCUCUGUGCAGUACGGAGAACUGCAUCGCCCGUCUGGAUGGAAGAUAGCAUGGGUCUGUGCUUGAGAAGAAAAGACAGCUGGACAGAGAGGAGGGCAAUUUUUAAAGUCUUCCUGAUAGUAAGGCCUAUUCUAUAGCAUACCUAAAACGCAUACAGUAAAAACUAAAGAUGAAGGACCGACUUGAGGAACUGAAACAACGAGCCAAGGAAGCAGAGUCAAAGGAAAGAGUCACUGGAGAGACAGGGGCUGCUGAUGAGGAGUUUACUAUGAAGCAGCAAGCCAUAGUGUUUGAAAAGGAACCAGUUGUGGAAACAUUUCUAAACAAUGCUCAACACAUUCAGGAUGAUAUUCAAGAAUUGGACGAAGAUGUCAAGAAGUUUAGCCAACAACAAAAGGGGCUAAUAUCCAGUAUGAGACGUUUCAGUGUCAUUAAAAAGGAGAGCAACAUUACAAGGGACAUUAAAAUUCGUGCAGAAAAUAUCCAUAAGCGUCUUGAGGCUCUGUCCCUGAGUAUCAAGAGAGCAGAGGCAGAGGAUGAGUGUGAUUCUGCAAUUACCAGAAUAAAACGCACUCAGUAUAAUAUGCUCUUCAAGCACUUUCAGAAUGUUAUGUUUCAGUACAAUGACUCCUUGACAGAAAAGCAGGACAAGUGCAAACAGUUCAUUGUGCGGCAGCUGGAAGUGGCAGGUAAAGACGUGACAGAUGAAGAAGUUAACAGAAUGAUGGAGCAAGGAAAGUGGGAAGUGUUCAAUGAGAAUUUACUAGAGGACGUGAAGAUCACAAAAGCACAGCUCAGUGAGAUAGAACAGCGUCACAAAGAACUAUUGAACUUGGAAAGCCAAAUGAAAGACCUACGGGAUCUCUUUACAGAGAUUUACUUACAAGUGGAAUUGCAGAGUGGAACCUUAAAUAACAUUGAGGCUAUUGUGAAUGAAACGAAGGAUUAUGUUGAAAAAUCCAAUAAUGAAAUUAAGCUUGCAGUGAAAUAUAGGCAAAGAAAUCCUUGCAAAGUGCUUUUUUGCUGCUGCUGUCCGUGCUGUGACUAAAUAUUUGGACAUAAAUAUGCAAAAACAAAAAAGCAUUUUGGACUGAGUAUUUCACUUGUGUAAAAUUGGUCUCUUCACUGAGCUAUGCUCUGCUUAAAACUUUAAACGAUAAUCAAUUAUAAACACACAUGCAAAAAUAUUAUUAUUAUAAGAAUGUGUUUACAUAGUUGAAGUGAACUGUAUUUUUUACAGCUGCAGUAUUAAUUUUAUUUAUAUAGAGUUUUCUCAGAAGAAUAAAGAAAAUCAAUGGUUUUAACUAGCAGUGUUAACAGUGCUUUUGUUCUCAGAUGAGUUGUGAUAAAGAAAAGUCUAGUGUCACUAUCUGUUAUGAAUCUAAAGCAUGCUUAGUUACUAAAAUUUAAUUAUGUGAGAUUGUAGAGGUAUUAAUCUCAGCUUUUCAUGAUGUAAAGGUUCACAUUAGUGGAGGGCUAGUAUAAACAGUUCAGUUUAGAAAGACUAUGGGGGAAACUGAUUGGCUUUUCUUUAGGGGUGAAGGAUGUUCUAUAUGACUAGAGGCAUUUAGUAACCCAUUGAUUAUUCAAAAUCAUAUUACAAGUGCUAUGAAGUCACUAAAUGAAUCCCGUGAUACUCCAUAGCUUAGCAUCUGGUUAAUAAAAUCCACAUUGAAUGUCAACAACUAAAACCUAAUACUUUAAAAGACAGGAAGACGUGUGUAUUUUGAGUUCAACAAAAGCAUAAUACCUGACAAAAAAGCAGCAGCUUCAGCUGUGAAUAAUGGGAAAAAUGUUAACCAGCAGAAAGAAAAGCUUUGCUUCUGUUUAACAAUUUGAGUAAAAGUGAAAUUGGUGUUUUCAGACACUUUAUACAUAGAGGCUUUCAUGGACAAUGUAUUUUUAAAGUGAACAUUAAACCAUCUUGACCACCAAAGAAAAUCUUGCACUUUUGGCUUUGGGCCAAAUCUUUACAAUUAAAUUUUGUGCCUCUGCCAUACAGUGCUGUCACAUUUUCCCUUCAUCUGUACAGUUGUGAUUGUUUUGCUGCAUAAACAUUUUUAGCAUUUGCUGUCUGUGAAUUUCAGAGUAAUGGGAUGGCAUCUCUUGACAGUUUUUUAGUCUGAGGUUUUCCAGUGGAUGUUUUCAGAUUGCUAUGGCAACAGGCCUUGGUGCCACAAGAAGCCCUUUAAGAAAGCAACUGCUUAUAGCUGACCAAAAAAAAAAACCUGACAUAUCACCAGCUGGGAGGUAUGUUUUUGGAAAGAGAUGGCUACUGCAAGUGCAGUGGUGUACUGGAGCUGCUUGAGAGAGGCAUACCUCCAACAGCAACAGACAGAAGCUCGCCAAUAAUAUCUCAGUAAGACAAAUAUUUUAUUCAUCAGUAUAGUGCCCAUUUCACCCUCUCCAUCUGCUUUUCUGGCCCAUAACACAUUUCAAUCUUCUCUACAAAUGCAUUUAAAAUAGGACUCUUUGUUAAUCAGGGACCUCAUUCAUUUUCUUUUAUAUGUACAGUACGUGUAAUUUGCCAAGAAAAUACACAAAAUUUGAAAACUGGUGAGGUUUGUGAGGUAAUCUUGAUUAAGUAUGUAUUGCCCGCAUUUGUUGUUAUAUAUUUCAAUACACAUUUUUGAUUAUUUAUAUCUUUCAUGGUUUCCCUUGGCACUUUUAAAGUGAGUGGAUUUUGGUAAGGGAGGGGAUAUUUGGUAGCUUGGGAGGGAGUACAGUGAAAUUUGCUGGCCUUUUGCUCAGACUGUCUACCUGGAGUGCCCAGAAGUACAAGGUGUUCAGUGCUCAAAGACAUGGCCAAGGUAAGGAGGGCUGAAACCCAAC